AUGCAGAUCCAGUCUUCUGGUCCACAGUCCAAAGCCUCCAGCUUCAUCCUCAGUCAGAGAUGUGUGCUGGCCUCCAAAAUGGAAAUCCACCGUGAACAGAGUAUCUGCCAGGCGCGAGCCGCUGUUAUGGUGUAUGACGAUGCCAAUAAGAAGUGGGUCCCAGCCGGUGGUUCCACGGGCUUCAGCAGAGUCCACAUCUACCACCAUACGGGCAACAACGCCUUCCGUGUCGUGGGACGCAAGAUCCAAGAUCAUCAGGUGGUGAUAAACUGUGCCAUUCCUAAGGGGCUGAAGUACAACCAGGCCACGCAGACCUUCCACCAGUGGCGCGACGCCCGGCAGGUCUAUGGCCUCAACUUUGGCAGCAAGGAGGACGCCAAUGUAUUCGCCAGUGCCAUGAUGCACGCCCUGGAGGUGCUCAACUCCCAGGAUGCAGGCCCCACAUUGCCCAGACAGGGCCCCCAGGUUCAGAAUGGCCCCACACCAGAGGAGAUGGACCUGCAGAGAAGGCAGCUUCAGGAGCUGCAGAGGCAGAAGGAGAUGGAGCGGGAGAAUCAGGAGCGAGAGCGUCUGGAACGAGAGCGUUUGGAGCGAGAGCGUCAGGAGAGGGAACGUCAAGAGAAGGAGCGUCAGGAGCGGGAGCGCCUGGAGCGAGAGAUGCUGGAGCGCGAGCGUCAAGAGCGUGAGCGUCAGGAACGUGAGCGUCAGGAACGUGAGCGUCUGGAGAGGGAGGUGCAGGCGGAGAGGGAGCGCCAGGAGCAGCAGGAGCGCAGCGAGCGUGAGCUGAUGGAGAGGGAGAAGACAGAGAGGGAGCAGCAGGAGCAGUUGGACAGAGAGCAGCAGGACUGGGAGAGAGGGAGACGCAUCUCCAACGCCGCCUUCGAAAGCACUCUGUACACCCCCACGCCUCAGGAGUACAGCAGGACGUCCUCCACGCCCGUAUCUCCAUCCACGCCCACCUACCCAGCCCCUGGGACGCCCUCCGCCACUACUCCGCCAACCCCGCCUCUAAGGCACUCUGCCUCCCGAUUCGCCACUUCGCUCGGUUCUGCCUUCCACCCGGUCCUGCCUCAUUACGCAACGGUUCCCAGACGACAGCAAGCUUUCCCCCAAGCCCCACCUCCUGCUCCAGCCCCCGUGCCAACCCCGCCUCCUCCUCCAAAAUCCGUGGUGUGGUCGGCGUGCAACUUCACCCCGCUGCCGCCGUCGCCCCCUGUCAUGAUAAGCAGCCCGCCAGGAAAGGCUGCAGGUCCGCGGCCGCUCAUCCCCAUCGCAGCACCUUCCCCUCUCACCCAGAAGCCCCCUUCGCCGGCCCCCAAUGGCCCGCCCAUGUUCCCCGCACCUUCUCCCGUGACCAUCCCGCACACCCCGAUCGGCAUCGCCUGCCCCCCACCUCCCCCACCCACCCCGCCCCCUCUCCCCCCUCCCCAUAGCUCCCCUUCGUCUUCCUCCUUCGUCUCGUCUCCCCCCUCCUCAUCCCAGGCUCCUGGUGUGCCCUCUCCCUCCACAGCACCCCCUGCUGCUGCCGCCGCCGCCACCUCUGCCUCCGCUGAGCACCUCUCCCUCCCCGUGGGCCUGGGCCUGUCGGGGCCGUGGGAGCCGGACGCAGCUACAGGCCCAGAGACCCACCUGCCUCAGGGGGGCUCCUCCUGUCAGCCCCAGGACGUGGUGCAGACCCCAGGGUUGACCAUCCCCACCCCUCCCCCACCACCACCCCUGCCACCCGGCUCCACUGUGACCUCUGCGGCCGCCACCCCGGCUGCCACCCCCCCAUCCACCCCAGCCGGCCACCCUCCCCCACCCCCACCUCCUCCACUCCCUCCCACACUGACUCCAGUUGGGACACCUCCUCCUCCACCGGGUCCGCCCCCUCCUCCUGGAGCCCCACUCCCUCCCCCAGCACCCCCCCUUCCCGCUGGACUGUUCUCUCCUGCAGAGGACCGUCCCGUCUCAGGCCUGGCCGCUGCCCUCGCCGGAGCCAAGCUGCGUAAAGUGCCAAGGAGUGACGAUGCAGGGGCCGCUCUGGCAGCAGCCAUGUUGGGGGCUGGAGGGGCCGCGGGGGCCAAAUCUGAAGCCAGAGGCAACGGCCCUCUGCCCGGAGGAGGAGGCCUGAUGGAGGAGAUGAGCGCCUUGUUGGCCAGAAGGAGAAGAAUCGCAGAGAAGGGCUCGUCACCUGAACCUGACCAGAGAUCAGAGGAGGGCGAUAUCAACACAACCCCUAAAGUGUCAGCCUGUAGCACACCAGACAUGCCCAGGAAGCCAUGGGAAAGAACAAACACCAUGAACGGUAGCAAAUCUCCAGUUAUCGGAAGACCUAAAUCCACUCCUACACCUACUGCAUCCUUAAGUGCCAACGGUGUGCCAACAGAAGCUGUUGACUAUGACAGGUUGAAACAGGACAUUCUGGAUGAGAUGAGGAAGGAGCUGUCGAAGCUAAAAGAAGAGCUCAUUGAUGCAAUCAGGGAGGAGCUGGGGAAGUCCAGCACGGCGUAGAAGAUCCUCUUCACAACUUCUACAUACACGCGACCCAACAGACAACCACGGUCAAUACAAAGACAACACAACAGCGUAAAAUAAAAUCAAAUCAACAAAAAACGGUGAUGAUGACAAUAAUCAUAUUAAUACUGAGAGAGGACAUUAUUCUGGGACAGCAUCGGAAAGAACAACAAUAGGCAGGGUGGUGGUGGUGGGAGGCUUGUAACUCUGACUUACAGAAUCCAUUCGAUGAAGCCUCGUGCGUCCGCUGCCUCCACGCCCCUCCCCCCUCCUCCUCCUCCUCCCCCUCCUACUCCUCCCGCCGAGGGCAACCCGGAGGACAGUGCACGGUGUGAAAGAGAAGCAAAUGUCUUUUAUGCAAAGAUGAUUUCUCUCUCAUUGUCCUAUAAUAACAUGAAAACACACACACACACAAAAAAAAAUCUUCGAUGAUACUGUAUUAACCAUUGGCGCAUAAGUGAACGGUGAUGCUAAGAAUCUCGUGAGUUACUAUCAAAAGGCACGUUUUAUUUAGAGAGACAGGAAGAAGGUGGGGAUGGAAAAUUUAAAAAAAAAAAAAACAAAAAAAACUUUUUUUCCCAUAAUGCCAUAGGGGUAGCGUGCGUGCGUGUGUGAGUGUGUGUGAGUGUGUAUGGGGGACUGACAGUCUCUGGUGAAGUCCACCACUGCAGGACACUGUAAAGCUUGUCUUCCUCAAAUACUAUUUUAACCUGAAUAUGUACAAAAGAGAGAAAAAGUUAUUUAGAAGAUAAAAAAAAGCAUCUAUCAACCAUGUCUGUUUCAGUGUAGAUCUACGGCCGUAUCAAGUAGCUCAAUAAUCCAAUCUUUCAAAAGGAUGCUGUCUUGUCUGUCUCUUCGUGUCGUCUCCCUCCUGAAGUGUGCGCUCUGUUGACACGUUUCAUUUUUUUGUUCAUACUGUUGAGUGGCAGGCGGACGAGACACGGAGGGUAGCUGCCUGUCACGCAGCAGCCGCUGUAGCUCUCUACCAAACGUUCACCGUCGACGAUAAGUGCUGAUUUGCUAAUACUCGUCAUGCUACUCGACCACGGCCAGACGUGUAGAUAGACCUGACUUUCUGUCCGUUUUUGAUUUGACUCUCUCCCCUUUUUUCUCCAUCACGUCACCUCUUCCGUUUGGUGCACGUACGCUUCUUUUCUUUAUAUGGUGAGGGUCACAAGUCUGCCACGAAACUGCAUUAUCUGUCGCAAGUUUUAUUACAAGCAAUAAGUGUAGCAUCUAUUUCAAGGCCCCCUCCCCCUCCCCAGUCCUAACACCACCAAACACUUUUCGAUGUCCAUCUGUCCUUUUUCGGGCCCUCAUUGGACGAUGUUACUGUGUGUCAACUUUGGUCGCAGAUGUUCUGUGAAACUGAAGGCGGACGUGAAAGAAUAUCAGCAACACUGUAAGACAUGAUUUCAUGGCACACCAUUUCUGAAUCACAAUACUCUCCUUUUUUUAUUUUUGAUUUCUAUAAAAUCCAAGGAUACUGUGUCUUUAGCCACAUUGGAGCUGAAGUGAUUUUUUUAUCCUUUAUUAUGAUUAUUUACUGCAUUUAUAAAGUGAGACUGUUGAAAAGUGCACAAGAUAACCCAAAUGUGUAAGCGUUGGUGUCCAAAAGAGGACGUGAAUGUGCCAUUUACUAUUUCUAGUGCUUACUGAUGACGUGUUUGUUUCAUCUUUUCUUUUCUUUGCCUUUUUCUCCUGCCAAUGUCAAAUCCUUAGAAAUGAGAAACUGUAUUUUCCCUGAGAUUUUACAUUGAUAACAGGACUGUCACUUUAUUCUGAAAAAACACUUUUGUUUCAGCAUUUCUUUCAGUUAGGUGCUGAGUUGGUUUCACUAAAAGUACAAUCAACCUGAGAGGGAAAUGUAGGGAGCUGAGAGACUGAUGUCAUUGGCUAUUGCACCAAGAUCACAUGUGAAGGUAACAGAUAAAAAAAAAAACAUGUUACAAUUCUGUACUCUGAGAUCCUAAGGAGGGACAGCUUCAUGAAUACAGCCACCCACUGUGGGGUUUGCAGGACAAGCUUGAAAACAACCUUUCUGACUUUCCAAAGGAAUACAAGGUGAUAGAAUACAGCGUGAAUUUUAUGGUAUAUUGAUGGAGAACAGUGUGGGCUAGUGUGCAUACUGUCACCACUGUUCACCCUUAAUGUCGCAGCUCUGGCUCACUUACAACAGUAAAAGUGUUUCCAACUUAAAGGGGCACUCCAGUGACUUAAUAAUAAUUUAAACUUUGCAGUAGAAGAAAGAAUGGACAAAUUAAUCAACAAAAGCCAAAAUAUCCUGACUUUAUGUCCUACAAUUCCCCUAAUUCAACCCAAUUGCAUUUUUAUUAGAUUAUUCCCUUCUGGUAAAUGUAGGCACCAACACAAUCGCCAGAAUAAAUGUUUGCAUUGUGUGUGUCUGCAAACCACAUGUAACAUUUGCAUGUUUCACAUGUAACAGAUUUGUUGAAACUUUAAGUUUCUCUACCUUUCAGUCUUCAAUUUUAUGUUCUGAUGAUAUGGUUAACAUGGUUAGGAGAGAAAGAAAGGAAAAGAUCAUGUUUUGUCUUGAAAUAUCUCAUUUUGUCAAUCCCGAAAUUGCGGGAAAUGUUCUGACGUCUUGUUUGUGGAUUUGUUGCCACAAACAUGGCUGCAAAUGUCCCAAGGUGUAGCUAAAAAUACCCUGUUUUGUCACCAUAAACACAGCUGGAAAUGUCCUGAUGUAUUGUUAAAAUACCAAGUGUUGUUGCCACAAACAUGACUGGGAAAGUUGCGAUAUCUCGUUAAAGAAUACCUUGUUUUGUUACCACGCGCAUGACUGGAAACGUCCUGAUGUCUCGUUAAAAUGCCCGGUUUUGUCUCCAUAAAUUAUGCAGAUAUGUCCAAGCGUCUUGUUAAAAAUACCUGGUUUUGUUGCCACAAACAGGGUUGGAAAUGUCCUGACAUUUUGUUAAAAUCAGCUCAGUAUUGUUGCCACAUAUACAUCUGGAAAUGUCCCAAUGUGUAGUUAAAAAUACCCGCUUUUGUCAGCACAUACACGCGCGGAAAUGUCCCGACGUCUCGCUAAAAGGUUUGUUGCUACAAACAUGGCUGGAAAUGUCCUGACUCAACUCAUGUAUGUAAUUGGAACUAAUGUACAAUGAAAACAUUUUAUUCUGGCAACUAUUCAAACUCUGCACAGUUUGUAAUACUAGAUUUCUGUUUUUUUAAAAAAAGUCACGAACCCUAUGUUGAGAUAACCCUGAUGAUAUCACUAUGACGUCAUCUGUAAAGCGGAGAAUGCAAUGUACAACUGUUUUCACAGUCUGAAUUGUUCCUCUCCUGACCAAACUAAUUAUCGGGUGUAAAAUCGUCGGAGUGCCCUUUUAAGGUAUGAUGAUGAGAAGCAGAUUGGGAUCUAUCGUGUAUUGCUUGUCAUGCACUUUUGCUUGUACAAAAGGUUUGUUAAUCGGUGGCUAUCUGUGGCUGAUGGCUCUCAUACAACACGACUCUAUGUUCAAGGGCUUGGAUGUUUGAAGAUGAGAAGUCACAGAUUUGAGAUACAGAUUGGGUCAAAUUUGUUUGAAAAAAAAAACUAUGCGGAGAAGAAAAAUGGAUUUAAUUAUGAUCAGGUCAGUUUCAUGAUCUCUCUGUUGAGUCGUUUCAUCUUCUCAUCCACUUUUUUUUAAAAAUGGAAACACCCAGCCAAGAGGCUCCCUGUACUGAGUGUUUACACAGCAUCGAUUGCACUUUAAGACAAAAACCCGCAGAGCAAUCCAACAUACUCUGACAACAGAGCCUCUGUCACCAACAGCCUGGCUUUCUCACCAAAGGAUUCAACUCGGCAGUCUCUUGCUAAACAUAAUCACUCUCUACAAAGUCGCCUUUCUUAUUUUUGUAUCAUUUUGUCGAGAGAUCUAACAAAAAAAAGUAAGAUGUCUAUGUUCAGUCCUUUGGAUGGGAUGGAAGGUAAAAUGUUUGGUUCAAGAAAAGUUUAUCUCUGUGUGAAGCUAUGUGGUUUGUGCCUUGUUCCGAAGUUGCAUUUAAUAUGUCAAAGAUAUAAAGAUGACUAGUAAUAAUCUCUAGAGACUGUCAUUAUGAUCACAUGCAGUUGUUAUGUAGUUUGGCUUUCUUUUUUUCCUAUCCUGGUCAUGUUUGAAGGGAGAGUUUGAUGACCUUGGUACCGUUCCCCACCAAGAAAACAUCUUUGCACCAAGAUCUUCUUUGUUGUUUUUUUUUUUUUUACAUACAUGUUUAUUUCCAUACAGUUGUGAGGUUGCUUUUCUAACAGCUCAGAAGUACAAUCAAGCCUUUGAGGCCUGGAAGAGUUUAAAGAUGAUCUUUGCUCCGAUGAUGAUUUUUUUUUCUAAACAUAAAGUCCAGAUGAGUCUGACUGCAGUGUUCUGUGAUGCCGUUUAAAUGUCACAGAGACAGUGUGUGUGUGUGUGUGUGUGUUCAGCAGCUUCGCUUCCUUUACACACUUGGAAAUGUGUUUUGUCCUCUGCAGUGAGGUCUGCUCCGUGUUGAUGUCAGAUUGCUGAUGGAAUCAUUUCUCUUUGUCCGUAAACCCAGUUUUCUGCCGAGGGAACCGAGAGAGUUGUGAAUUUGCGGGGAUGAAUUUGGCUGAAGCAAGUUUGAAUGGAUGGGUUUCCAGACUUAUUCUUUUAUCAUCUGCAUUGUACCAUACUGUUCUCAUGUUAAUUAGUCUUUUCUUACAUGCUAACAUAUUGUUUUGUUUGAGCAAAUUAAAUAAAAAUUGCAAUACGAGA